GCGGCGUGCCUGCGCUCGCCUGCCGCUCUGCCGCACGCGCGCAUCCGAGGCUCUGAAGUGAGCUCCGCGACGCAGCAGCCGCCGCGGCGCUCGGCGCCGCAUGCGCUGCUCCUUCCUCGUCGUCGCUGCCAGCCGGCCCGUCUUCACGACCACACCUCCACGCCGCACGCUUCUCCUCGUCGAGCUUCUGGCAGCCACCUGCGCUGCGAGCCUCUUCCCUCGCACUCUCUGCGCGUGGACGCUUGCUGCCCGCCGCUCGCCCUGCUGCCCCUGACGACGCGCGACGCUCCUGCACGACCUGCCACGCCGGCAUCCGCCGCUCCUGCCUCCUCACGACCUCCGCUCGCCCGUGCGGCCCCCUCUGCCCAGCAUGGCCGCCGACGCAUCGGCGCCGCCCGCCUUUGCCUUCCACGACCGCUUCGCCGCCGCGAGCCCCACCAAGCCGGCAGCGUCGAGCGCCGCCGCGGGCAGCAGCAGCCUGGCCGCCUCGUCGAGCGCGCCGACGCUCGACUUUGACUUUGGCGACUUUACCAACUUCGACUCGAGCGCCGCCUUCCCGGCCUUCUCCGUCGCGCCGGCGCUCGCCAGCUCCAAGGCCUACGCUGCUCCGCCGCCGCCGUCGCAGCCGCAGCCAAGCCCAAGCGUCGCCGCACUCGAGGCGGCCGUGGCUGACGCCGAGGAGCAGGAGCCCGACGACGGCGCCGCAGCUGCUGCUGCUGACGCUGAGCGUGCCUCGCGCGACGCCGAGCAGGUCCGACAACGCGCCGCCGCCGCACAAGCAGCGCAGGCGGCGCAGCGUGCGCCCGUCGUGCCGCAGCAGCAGCCACAGCAGGCGCCGCAGCAGCCAGCAGCGGCGCCGUCGAGCAGCACCGACGACCCAUUCAGCAGCGCCAACAUGUAUGCGUCUCCGCCGCGCAAGUCGGCACGGCCAGCACCGCCCAGCGGGCCCAGCGGCUACAACAACGGCAGCCCCGGCGCCGGCCCGCUGCCCCAGCCGCCACGCCUGAACACGGCCGAGAGCCACAGCAGCGCGUCGAUGUACUCGUCUGACCCCGCGGCUCCGCCAGCUGCGGCGCUGGAGCGCAUGUCCAUCUCCAGCGCCCGGCCCGCUCCGCCGCAGCCGCAGCCGCAGCCGCAGCGACGAGAGCCGCGGCCCGAGCAGGAAGAGCGCGCGCGGCCCUCGUCCUUCUUUGGUAUGGAGCAGCCGACGGCGAGCGUCGACGCGGCAGGCUUCCGACAGCCGCUGUCUCCGGGCGUGCUCGACGCUGCGCGCCCGGACCAGGCGCGCGGCGAUGCCGAGAGCGCCAUGUCGCGCAGCCGCCCGUCGUCCUUCUUUGGCGUCGAGGCGCCGGCCGGCUCCAGCCGCCCUGGCGCAGCAGCCGAGCAGAACGGCGCGCAGUCGCAGGCUGCGCGCAUCGCGGCCUACCACCGCGGCGAGGCGGAGCGCUCCGCCGCUGCAGGCAACGGCAGCGCUGCCGGACACGGACCGGCGCCGUCGGGCAACUACUCGACGCUCGCCGGCGGCACGGGCAACGGGCCCAUGCCCGGCCCGCCAUCCGGGCGGCCUGCCAGCAUUGCUCCGACGCUCAACAGCGGCGCGCUGCUGGACCACUCGCACCUGCGCCCCGGCCAGCAGGCGGCGCUGCUCUCGCACAACAAGACGCUCGAGCUGUACCGCCAGAACGCCAAGAAGACCAACGACCCGAACCUCAUCUACGAGCUGGCCGUGUUCAUGAUCGACGCGUCCAAGACCAUGGGCGGCAACGACGCCGCGUCGGGCGGUUCGGGCGGCUCAGGCUCCGGCUCUGGCGGCGCCGACGGCGCUCCGGGCAAGGAAGAGUCGGCGCGCGACGAGCUGGUGCGCGAGGCCGUCGGCCUGCUGAAGAAGAUUGCCGAGCGGGGCCACCCGGACGCGCAGUACUUCCUCGCCGACUGCUACGCCAACGGCAUCGGCAGCCCCAAGGGCAAGCAGGACUUCGACCACGCCUACCCGCUCUUCGUGCUCGCCGCCAAGCACGGCCACGCCGACGCCGCGUACCGCGCCGGCACGUGCUACGAGAAGGGCUGGGGAUGCCGCAAGGACGCGGGCAAGGCGCUGCAGUUCUAUCGCAAGGCGGCGGCGCAGAGCCACCCGGGCGCCAUGUACCGCCUCGCCACGGCCGAGCUCAACGGCGAGCUGGGCCUCAAGAAGUCGGCGCGCGAGGGCGUCAAGUGGCUGAAGCGCUCCGCCGAGGCCUCGACGCCCGAGUUCCCACACGCGCUCCACGAGCUGGCGCUGCUGCACGAGCGCGGCAUCGACAACAUCGUCUUUGUCGACCCGGAGUACGCCUGCGAGCUGCUGGCGCAGGCCGGCGAGAUGGGCUACGCGCCCAGCGCGUACAAGCUCGGCGUCAACUACGAGUACGGGCGCAUGGGCUGCCCGCAGGACGCCGGCCUCAGCAUCCACAUGUACAACAUUGCUGCGCAACAAAACCACCGCGAGGCGUGCUUCGCGCUCACGGCGUGGUACCUCGUCGGCGCGCCCGGCAUCCUGCCGCAGAGCGACACUGAGGCGUACCUCUGGGCCAAGAAGGCCGCCGAGCAGGGCCUGGCCAAGGCCGAGUACGCCGUCGGCUACUUCACCGAGAUGGGCAUCGGCACAGUCAAGGACGUGCGCGAGGCGCGCGCCUGGUACCGCGCUGCCGCCGAGCACGGCGACAAGCGCGCCAACCAGCGUCUCGCCGCACUCGGAGCGCAGGGCAACCCGACGCUGGCGGGCAUCGGCGCCACGCCCGCCUCGCUGCUCGUCAACGGCGGCGCACCGGGCCCGCACAUGGCGCAGGCCGCGCUGGCGGCACAGACGGGCGGCGCGUCGAACGCCUUUGCCGCGCAGCCGCCCAACGCGCCCUUCCCGGGUCAGAUGGGCGACGGCGCGGCCUCGCAGAUGCCUGGUGGCCCUGGCGGCUCGUACCCGACGCCCAUGGCCAUGCGCACGGCACAGACUGCGGCGCGCCAGAGCGCUUACGAGCACAACGUCGCCGCCGUGCAGGCCCAGCAGCACGCGCAGCAGCAGCAGCAACAGCGCGGCCCGCCGCGUGGCGACCCGAGGCUCUCGCAGCAGCCGCAGCAGAUGCGGCCGCCAUCGAUGCAGCCGCCGCCGCAGAUGCGUCCGCCGUCGACUCAGCCGCCGCCGCACAUGCGUCCGCCGUCAACCCAGGCGCCGCCGCACAUGCGUCCGCCGUCGAUGCAGCCGCCGCCGCACGCGCCUGCGCCGUACGCCGCCGGGCCCAUGUCGCCCGGGCGUGGCGGCCCGCCGCCGCAGCAGGCCUACCCGUCCUACCCCUCGUCGCCCAUCGGCCCGCCUGGCGCAGCAGCAGCAGGAGCACCCGCCGCGGCGCCGCCGGUGCCCGACAAGAAGAAGGGCUGGUUCGGCCGCGCAUGAACGCUGAGCCUCGACGACGCACGCCUGUCCCGGACAUUUCUCCUCAUCUCUCUCCUCGCACAUCUCACCCACUGAUGCCGCACUCUGCGCUCGGCAGGUGCCCAUCUCGCCCACCUUGCAUCUCCCCUUCCCAUCGUACAUCGACUCAGUCCCCCGCGCGUCCCUUGCGGCCCGCCGAGCGCGCGCCGGACAGGCAUCGGCGGCGCCGCUGUGCACCCACCUCGCUCGCGCGUGUGUCUCUCUUCCCCUCCCUAGAGCAAUGAUCAUUCAUGGCACCUGC